ACAUCCGCUCAUCAUCAAAUCUAGAAGCUAUUUAUACUGAAUUCGAUAGCCCUCAGCUACCCAUAAAGAGUGCUUCUGCUCUCGUAAGCGUCGUUUUCGCUUAAGCAGCUUGCCUGCUCUUUUCUUGUCGAGCUCUGUUCUCUCAAAUAGGCCAAUUGGUCCAAGAAGACGGCAAACUGGCACAAUGACCUGCAAUAUGUGUCCUUGCUUGCUGCUUGCUGAGAGACUUUGCGCCGCACGACAACUUGGUCUUAAAGACUCUGAUGAUCGCAAAAUGCCUGCUAUCGUGUUCAAGCAGAUAGAAAACUUCCUCAUAGCUCACUAUCGCAUUGUUGCUAACCUCAGGCGCUUCAUGCGUCUGCUCAUUGAACGCGACCUUGCUUCGCGAACGGAGGUCAUUCGCAGCACACUUCACAACGAAGAUCUUUGUGGUGCCCUGACGACUAGCCACUUUGCAUCUUGGCCACGAUCACAAGCUGGCGUUUGUAGGCUGAAAACUGGAAGAGUGUAGCGCUAGUGGAUCUUAGGAGUCGUUGACUUUGCCGUUUUGCUUCACUCUUGUCUUGUCACUUCAGGACGAGAUGGGAUGACCAGCACACGCAUCUGCUCUGCACCGUCUUGCUGCUCGUAGACAACACCUCACAGUCCUUGAGCUCUCAC